GGCUUGUCUAGUUCACUCCCACUGGUCUUUAAAUCAUUGUCUAGAUCCCCAAAGGUUCACAUAAGUCACCUCUGCAACAGGGGUCUGCCAUUCCAAACAAUUCCGGAAAGAUUGCACAGGACUGGAUAAAUAAUUAAGAACAGAGUGUUCUGAACAUAACUCCAAGUAGAAGAGCCUCAAGCUGAAGGUACAGUAUCUUGUUUACACUGAAGGAGCUUGUGUGUGGACAAGAAAGCGCUGACAGCUCAAAUGGAUCCCAUGGAACUGAGCAAUGUCAACAUCGAACCUGAUGAUGAGAGCAUCAGUGGAGAAAGUAUUCAAGAUAGCUACACCGGGAUGGGAAAUUUAGAAAAGGCAGCAAUGAGCAGUCAAUUUACUAAUGAAGAUGCUGAAAGUCAGAAAUUUCUGACAAAUGGAUUUUUGGGGAAAAAGAAGCUGGCAGAUUAUGACGAUGAACAUCAUCCUGGAACCACCUCCUUUGGAAUGUCUUCAUUCAAUCUGAGUAAUGCCAUCAUGGGCAGUGGAAUCCUGGGCCUGUCCUAUGCCAUGGCCAACACAGGGAUCAUCCUUUUUAUAAUCAUGCUGCUUGCCGUGGCAAUCCUAUCUCUCUAUUCAGUUCAUCUUUUAUUAAAGACUGCAAAGGAAGGAGGGUCUUUAAUUUAUGAAAAACUAGGUGAAAAGGCAUUUGGAUGGCCUGGGAAAAUCGGAGCUUUUAUUUCCAUUACAAUGCAGAACAUUGGAGCCAUGUCAAGCUACCUCUUCAUUAUUAAAUACGAACUACCUGAAGUAAUCAGAGCGUUCAUGGGACUUGAAGAAAAUACUGGAGAAUGGUAUGUCAAUGGCAACUACCUCGUCAUAUUUGUGUCAGUUGGAAUCAUUCUUCCACUUUCUCUUCUUAAAAAUUUAGGUUACCUUGGUUAUACCAGCGGAUUUUCUCUUACCUGCAUGGUGUUUUUUGUCAGUGUGGUGAUUUACAAGAAAUUCCAAAUACCCUGCCCUCUGCCUGUUCUGGAUCACAAUGUUGGGAAUCUGACAUUCAACAAUACAGUUCCAAUGCACGUGAUGAUGUUACCCAACAACUCUGAGAGUAGUGGUGUAAACUUCAUGAUGGAUUACACCCACCAGAAUCCUGCAGGGCUGGAUGACAACCAGGCCAAGGGCUCAAUUCAUGGCAGUGGAGUAGAGUAUGAAGCACACAGUGAUGACAAAUGUCAGCCCAAAUAUUUUGUAUUCAACUCCCGGACGGCCUACGCAAUUCCCAUCCUAGCAUUUGCUUUUGUAUGCCACCCUGAGGUCCUUCCCAUCUACAGUGAACUUAAAGAUCGGUCCCGGAGGAAGAUGCAGACAGUGUCAAAUGUUUCCAUCACGGGGAUGCUCAUCAUGUACCUGCUUGCUGCCCUCUUUGGUUACCUAACCUUUUAUGGAGAAGUUGAAGAUGAAUUGCUUCACGCUUACAGCAAAGUGUACACAUUUGACACCCCUCUCCUCAUGGUACGCCUGGCCGUCCUGGUGGCAGUAACACUAACUGUGCCCAUAGUGCUGUUCCCUGAGCCCAAGAAGAGAUGACAAGAGUUUUGUUGUUGUUGAUGGUGGUGGUUGCUUUUUCCUUUUAUCUCUCCAUUUAUUAUCUUUCUUUUCUCCAGACAGGUUAGCUUUGUCCUUCUUAGAAAGUGCACAAAGUAAGUGCUUGAAGUGUUUAUUGAACAAUAAAUAAAUAAAGAGAAUUAAGACUCUAGCUUUUUCACAAGCCACUCAAUACUGUUUUUUCUUUCUUAGUAGUAGGAGGGGGUGAUAUGGAGUGGGAUGUCUAUUAUGGGACUGCACCUCCUUCCCAAGGACGAAUAAUGCUAUUUUCAGCUUGUGCUUCCCUUUAUGCAGAAAAUGCGCACAUUACCAUGAAAAACAGAAAGCCCAAUAACCCUAAUGGGUUUAUCAAGAACACACAGACUCAAAUUCUACCUACCGCACCUUAAAAAAAGAAAGGAGAUCGUGUCUCAGAUUCUUUGGCUACUUCCUCUUCAUUUUAUUUUAGUAAAACCAAUCUUUUCACUUAUGUUGCCUUCAGACUUCCUGUUUUGAAGUGAAUAUAGAUAUAGGCCUAGAUAUAUGGCAGAUGUUGCUAUGAACUGGAAUAGAAUAGUGAUGCAUAGGUAUUUCCUACACUCUUGUCCUACGCAAUCCUACUGAAGUAUGGUUCACUUCUCAACAACAGAAUGGAUUUUUUUUUCGAGUUCAGAACUAAGGCUCCCAAUUUCUAUUCAACCUCCACGUUUCUGACUUCACAUUGAGUCCCCACUUUAGAACACAGCACCUCCUAACAGGCUCAGAACACUGUCUCUGGAAAUAACAGAUGUGUUCUCUAGAACUGCAUGGAACUUUUCUAGAAUUAUUCACGGGGCUGUGGCUGGGGACUUCCCCACGCACAGCAUCUGACCCACAUUUCCAGGUUCUUAUCAGUUUGUGUCAGAGAGAAAAGGGCACUGAGAUAAGUGGGGCGGAAGGCAAGGCUCUCUGGGUAAUAAGUCAGAGUCACCUCUAUCUUGACACAGGUAAAUAGAGCUGCUGGGGACCUCUCGAUCCCAGGCUCACCCCUCAAGGCAGCGUUUUAACAUGGAAUGACUAGCAAGUUUCAUUCUAUUCUUUUCCACCAACUACCACCAUCAGCAGUCUUCCAUCUCCCUAUUUGUCCUGUUGCCCAUUUUAGGAAUGCAUUGGCAACUCUAUAUGCCUUCAGUUCUGUUUGGGAUUUUGUUAUUCCUUAUUCAUUCUGAAGAGCAAGAUUUCACCAUUUACUUCAACCAUUAUUCCUGUAAACUUUCUAUACUAUUACAUCAUUAGGCCAAAUCUUCGUCUUUCUGGGAGCCAUGAGACCCUAGGAAACUGUAUUUAUUUACAUUCAGAGGCCCUGUACAUAUAAGUUUGCCUCUAACUCAGCUUAUAGAAUUAAAGGCAUUAUUUCAACAAAGGGCUGAAAAGCACAUACCUGUGACCCCUGCCUGAAAAUAACCUGUAUUCUACUUGUUUAUGCUAUAAGUUUAUCACUUUCAGACAAAUAAAUCCUUAAGCACUAUGUAUGAACCAUAGAAAGCUUAUUUUAAGCUUAUUAAAUUAGGACAAUAUUGAAUAAGCCCUAAUUGUAGGACAUAAUGUAGAAUUUCCAAGCUGCUGGGGAAAACAAAAUCAAACCAUUUGUUUUCCUCAGUCUACUUUUCAGAGUGAGUUUCAUAAUUUUCAGUCAUCCAAAUUUUAAAAUCCGUUACAAACAAACCGUUUCCAGAGACUAUCUGGCUUUGCCAUUCUGGAAGUGAAAUUGCCUUUUAAACCUAAGCAGAUGGCUUUAAUUUUUGCUGGACUGGUAUGAAGAGAAUGUCACAUUAGACACUGUAAACAAUUCAGCUCAAAGUUUUUGUCAUUCAUAUGUGUGUUUCAAAAUAUAUUUUACAUUUUCUCUCUUUUAAGUGAAUUCCCAUCUCCACACCAUUAAGAGACUUCAGAAGCAAAAUUUUAAAGUGAAAAUCAAUCCUAGCGUUUCUAAAAAUGGGAAGUUCUAGCUUAACUCAAGUGCUCACUUAUUGAAAAGCCAAUAAACGAAUUCCACUAAGUCCAAAAGUGUCCUCUAAAAGAUUCCAAAGAUAAGAGUAUUUCCAACUUUGUUAAGCUGUUCAAACAUAAAUGGCACUCCCUCCCUCUACCCGCAAGGAUCUUUUUAUCCGGUUACAUCAGGGUAACUUGAGCAGGUGCUACAACUGGAGCCUCUCUUGACCCUUCCCCUACUUAUUUCAGCUGCUGAAAUAGGGCUGAAAUCUGUCAAGGAUCUCAAAGGGAGGGAAAAGUUUUGCUCUGUUCAACUUAAGUCAACAUUUAUUGAGUGCCUCCUGCGUGCAAGACACUAAGGUAGAAAUGAGGAGUGUUAAGAUUAUUAGGUCUUGUUCUUUGCCUUUUGUGCAUUUAUCAUCUAUACUUGUGGGGAGGUAAAAGGAGGAAAAAAGAAAGGAGUAAACACACAAUAUAUCAUAUUUUUUAAAAUAUUAGGUGGCAAAAAUGGUAAAUCAAAUGUAAAAUUAAGAAACACCAGGUUUGUAAAAAUUCUGCUCACAAUCACAUGCAAAUAAAUUCAGUGCUUGCCCUUCAUACUUAAUCCAGGCUGAUGAGACAUGAUUAGAAAUCAACAAGGGUUUUACUGUGUCUCUGAAUUAUAUAUCUUAUCUGUUCUUUUAUCUCUUUCUGACUGAGAUUAUUUUCAAGAAAACAAUUCUGAAAGCCGAGAAAGUGAGCACAAGAUAGAUCACCAAGGAAAAUGACACUUUCCCAAACAUCAAAAAUCAGCAUCAAACUUGCACAACAAUAUGAAUGUACUUAAUACCACUGGACUGUACAUUUAAAAAUGGCUAAGAUGGUACAUUUUAUG